AUGAGGAACACGCUGGUCUUCUCGGGCUCGUCGUGCCCGCUUCUCACCGGGAAGAUAUGUGAGAAUCUCGGCAUGGCUCCGGCCGAGGCCGAGCUGUCACAGUUCUCAAAUGGCGAGACGAGCGUCCGGAUCUUGACCAGCGUUCGAGAGAAGGAUGUCUUCGUUGUGCAGUCCGGCAGCCCCAAGAUCAACGACACGAUCAUGGAGCUCCUGAUCAUGAUCUCCGCGUGCAAGGGUGGUUCGGCCAACAAGAUCACUGCUGUCCUGCCGUAUUUCCCCUACAACCGACAGUCCAAGAAGAAGUCGCACCGUGGCGCCAUCACUGCCCGCAUGCUGUCCAACCUGAUGCAUGUGGCCGGUGUCAAGCAUGUCAUAACCGUUGACCUUCAUGCUUCGCAGAUGCAAGGCUUCUUCAAGUGUCCUGUGGACAAUCUACAUGCCGAGCCGCUGAUCGCCCGUUGGGUUCGUCUGAACAUCCCCCACUGGAAAGAGGCAGUCGUCGUUUCGAAGAACGCUGGAGGCACCAAGAGAGUCACGUCCCUGGCCGACGCUCUGAAGCUCAACUUUGGUAUCGUCACGACUGAUCGGAAACGUGCUACGGGCAACAUGACUGCUAGCAUGAUCAUGAAUCACCUCGACGGGUUUCCAGCUGUGAUCAACGGGCGCCCUUCGCAGCCUGCGCGGGUAUUGUCGGAAGACACCGUUGUCCAAGAGGUCAAUGGCUCGGCAAGGCCAUCCCGCACCAUAGCAGACUCGCAAGGAUCUCCUCGGCGUGCUAACGGCCCGCCGCUGCGGACUAAUGGUCUGUCGCGUACACCACGCCCAAAUGCCAGACAUCCAUCAUCUCAGGCCUCGCCUUUCGAUGACAUGCCCGAGGAAGAGGAUGCUGAGACUCAGGAUUACACUGAUGAGCGUGCCCAGGUCGUCACCCAGGGUCGACUGGUCCAAGGCCACAUUGUCCCUGACGACUAUCCAUCUGCACCGCAAUCGGAGGCUGGCGGAGAAGGUAGCUCCCAGAACACUGAGGUGGAAGACCCCAUGACCAUGUCUCAUGCCUCAUCGUUCUUUGCACCCGAGCCACAUGCUCUAGGUGGAUCUGGCGAUGCUGAGGCAUCAUCCGACGAGGAAGAUGAGAAGCUCCAAGAUCCUAAGCUUGAGCACAUGAUCACCCUGGUUGGUGAUGUUAAGGACCGCCCGGUCCUUAUUGUCGACGACAUGAUUGACAAGGCCGGCUCCUGGAUUGCUGCCGCUGAGACAGUGGUUAAGAGAGGUCACGCCAAGAAGGUGUAUUGCAUUGCCACGCACGGCGUAUUCGGAGGUGACUCGCUGGAACAACUCCAGGCAUGCGAGUGCAUCGACCAAAUCAUUGUUACCAACAGCUUCCCUAUCAGUGAGCGCAAGGCCAAGAGCGCAAGUAAGUUGGUCAUCCUGGACCUCUCAUAUUUGCUCUCGGAGGCCAUCAGGAGAAAUCACUAUGGCGAAUCCAUUUCGCCGCUAUUUGCACACAUCGCAGACUAG